UGCUGUUAACCUGGCAGUGUUAAAACUGAAUGAGCAAGGCCUGUUGGACAAAUUGAAAAACAAAUGGUGGUACGACAAGGGCGAGUGCGGCAGCGGGGGAGGUGACUCCAAGGACAAGACAAGUGCUCUCAGCCUGAGCAAUGUGGCUGGAGUCUUCUAUAUUCUGGUUGGAGGGCUGGGGCUGGCCAUGAUGGUGGCUCUGAUUGAGUUCUGUUACAAAUCACGUGCUGAAACCAAACGGCUCAAACUAGCAAAGAAUGCUGAGAAAUUUAAGCCAGCUCCCCCGACCAACCCCCAGAACUUUGCCACAUACAGAGAAGGCUACAACGUGUAUGGGACAGACAGCGUUAAGAUCUAAGGAUUACAGGUGCAUCAGCUAGACCCUUACGAACGACUGUGACUAUUGACCCUAUGAUGAAAUGACAGGAUCACGUCAGGAUGGGGGUUUCCUCAUCUGCAGCUAAAUCCUCUCCUGGCGGCAAUGGCGACGAUAAUCUGCAAUGAAGACACGACAGGACUGGUGACGUGAAGAACUCAAUCGGUUUCCUCCAGUGCCUUAUGUAUGGAACACUCACAGACUCACAGAAUGACUUAGAACAACUCAUCACAACGGUAUCACGUUUGGCUUGAACUCACAAACCCACAAACAAUUUAUCAACUAAUCAGACAAAUAAACAGAAAGACAGGAUCGAUACUGUAAUCUGUUGUAAGGAACUUUAUUUGAGAUGUUGUGACGAAAUCAGAGGAGAAAAGAAAGAGGUCUAAAGCCAUCAUUCGCACCCCAAGCACAUUUCCAAGUGCCGGACAGAAGAUGAAUACGAUGUUACAUAAGAUAAAUAGUUUUUUCUGCUGAGGGAAUUUGAUCAGAUUAUCCUAAUUCUUCUUGCAGGCCAGGUUUUUACUGGUUAAAUGUGUUUUAAAAUAUGUUUAUUGUAGGCACUGUACAGUAAGUCACUGAUUAUUAGAAGAUAGCUUUUUAUAUUGCUGUGACCUUGGAAUUGUUUUGAAAGAUGAAUCUUUAUUGGAAUCAAUUGGUUAAAUAUGCCAUAGCCAAAAUAAUAUUGUAUUGUUGUUGUCCUCGACUAUGAUGCUUCUGAAGUCUCAGAAAUAGACUCUGAGAGCAGGCAUUGGUAGUGCAUCUGAAAUGGCAACCUAUUCCCUAUAUAGUGCACUACUGACCAGAGCCCCUGGUCAAAAGUAGUGAACCAUAUAGGGAAUAGGGUGCCAUUCUGGACGCACCCACGAGGACUCUUGAACGAGAUUAAUGUGAGAUGCAGCAUUUGGCUUCACACAAUUAAAACAGGCCAUCUCACAUCUCACGAUCCCAAUACACUGCCAACAGAUUCAGAUGGGUUUAUUAAGGCAUGCAGAUGACUCUCUGAGCAAGUGUCAUAGUUGAGUAACUCUCCCAGUGUGUUUUAUGGUUUGUAGAAUAUGAAGAGAAAACUCACUCACACAGCGUCACUCCAACAUAGGCUAUUUGUUUUUCAUUCUGAAAGAACACCUGCUUAUAACUGGAUUUUCAUGUAACCUAAAAUCAUUCAAGUCUUCUGUACAAGAAAUUAAAACCAAACCAAAAGGGACAUUCAAAAGUAGAUUAACUGCAAUUCAAACAGUAAUGGCUUUUUAACAGUAGUAUUUUGGAUGACCUUCGUAUUUAAGAAUAAGCUGCGGUUUGAUGAUUUGCUUUCAAUUUUGAAUUUCAUUUUAUGAGCAUUGUAGUGUUUGGUGAAUUUACUUAGUUAAUGAAAUAAAUGAAUAAUAUAGAUAAUUACAAUGAGAAAAUAGAUUUAUACAAGGUACUUACAGGGGAUGUCUUAAACGCUUAGCACAUUUCCAUGUUCCUUUUUCCUUUCAAAAGACUGUGAUUCUAUAGGAUUUAGGAAGACAAUUAAUCACCUAAAACUGUGGAAAGAUAGUUUUACACAAAAAAAAAAGAAAAGCAAUUCUUACAAAGGGAAGGCAAGAAAUAUGAAAUAAACAUUUGUAAAGAAAGAGAUGUGUACAUUUAUUUAAAUUAGAUGUAUUUAUUAAGGCUACACAAGAAAGGAGUAAUGGGUUUCCCAAUUUUUCUAAGAAACUGCAUGUAAAAUCAGCAAUGACUUCUAACUCACAUCCGAUUCUAGAUCAGCAGUAGAAAUACAACCACGGUUAUUCUUUAGUGAGACAGUUUCUUUUGUUUUGUAAGUUCACUUCACACAGAGAUAAUUGCCAAGCAGCUUUAGUGACUACGACAAAAGAGUCAGAAUCUGCAUGUGUGUAUAUCAUUAAUGAUCUUCACUAGUGAGGAGCUGUACAGAGAAUUUUCAUAAAUUUUGU